CUAUUUACAAUGUGAAAUUAUUUUUUAUCUCCUAUAAUGAAAAGCAUAGCUAUGAUUCAGGAUUUUGAGACAGGUAUAUAAGACAAGAGGCAAUGAUGGUCACGACUAUCAUUUGGAAAAUCAUUCCUUCCUGAAUAUUGAUACGGACGAUUCUGAUAAUCGAUGAUCAUAUCGAUACCAAUCUUGACAACAGUAACCACCAGCAUCAUGUUUACUUCAACAUUAUCGAUGAGAAUGUUUUUUCUUGCCAUUUGUUUAUAUGGUCAUUUGUACAUGCAUAUGAUUUCAUGUUCAGAUAAUGAUUUUAUGGAACGGCUUAAAGUUCCGCCUCGUUUUGGUAAACGACAAUUCGAUAACAAAGAGCAAUAUUUGAACGCUGAAAAAAUGUUUACAAAUGAUAUGAUCGAACAUCGAUCAUUUCCUAUUGAUCAACAACCAAUAAAUAUGGAUACUUUUCAGUCGGUAUUGUGUAAAAUGAUAAUACGACAAGGACAAUAUUAUAUUAAUCUUCAAUGUUUGAAUGCAAAUGUUUUGUAAUUCUGUUAUAACAAUCCAAUAAUUCAAUAAUUCGAACAAUUAUCAAUCAAAUAAUUGAAUACAACAACUAUAGAUGGCGUUAGUGUUUACAUGUUCGAAUUUUUUUUUUUUUUUUUUUUUAGAUUUCACCCACGAUUCUAUUUACGGAUUUUCUUGCACCAUU